UCUGUUGGUUUCUUUUUUGGAGAAUAAUGGAGAAUAAAAGAAGAACACCUAAUUUCUCGAAGUACGAGAUAGAUGUACUUCUUGAACUGGUGGGUGCAAAUGCAUCCGUUCUUGAAAAUAAGAAAACCGACGGCUGCAGCUUAAAAGAAAAACAGGCAAUGUGGUCCCAUGUGGAGGCGCAAUUUAAUUCUACUCCUGGUGUGACAAAAAGAUCCUGUGACAGGCUGAAAACCUGUUAUGAAAAUAUGAAAAGAAGACUUCGAAAAGACCUUGCAGAAGAAAAGGUGGAAGUGUAUAAAACAGGUGGGGGGAAGCCUACCCAAAAAACCACGAUCCAUGAUCGGGCUAAACUAUUAGAAAUUGUUGGUUCCUCAAUGAAACCGUUAACAAAUGCAUAUGAUUCCGAUGCACAGUUCAGCAUGAUUGUGGAUGUUGUAAACAUGGAGAGCAGUGAAGUGCAGUGCAGUUCCACAACAACUCCACUGUGGAGUGUCUCUCGCACACUGCACAGCGCCGUCGGAGGCAGCCGCCUGUGCCGUGUUGCCCUCCCUCCGCCUCACUUCGCGCUGUUGCCUGAAAUGAAACAAGGGGUCACAAAGCGAACUGCACUGCGCCGGUCCACACUGUAUCACUACGGUCACUAUGACGGCCGGGCCAUUCGCCUGCCGCACCUGUCAGAGGCGCUAAAAUAA